AUGCCUAUGCUCAAAGACCCCUCCAAGAAGUACCGCCGCUUCAAGCCCCUCAACCUCCCCCACCGCCAAUGGCCGUCCCAGACCAUCGACAAGCCGCCGCGCUGGCUUUCGACUGACCUGCGCGAUGGAAACCAGAGCCUGGUUGACCCUAUGGACGGCGAGCAAAAAUGGCGAUACUUCCAGAUGCUGGUCCAGCUCGGCUACAAAGAAAUCGAGGUCUCGUUCCCCUCGGCAUCGCAGACGGAUUUCGACUUCACGCAGAAGCUGGUACAGACGCCGGGGAUAGUGCCGGACGACGUGUGGCUCCAGGUGCUCUCGCCGUGCCGGAAAGAGCUGAUUAGGCGGACGGUCGACAGCCUCAAGGGCGCGAAGAAGGCCCUGCUGCAUCUCUACCUGGCGACGAGCCCAUGCUUCCAGCAGAUCGUCUUCAACAUGAACAACGAGCAGAGCAAGGCUCUGGCUGUCGAGUGCACCCGGUAUGCGAGGUCCAUCACCAAGGACGAUCCCAGCCAGGAGGGGACGGAGUGGGCGUUCGAGUUUUCCCCGGAGACUUUCUCAGACUCCGACCCGGACUUCGUGCUCGAAGUAUGUGAGGCUGUGAAGGCAGCGUGGGAGCCGUCAGUUGAGAAUCCUAUCAUCUUCAACCUACCUGCAACGGUCGAGAUGGCGACCCCAAAUGUCUACGCAGACCAGAUCGAGUACUUCUGCCGCAACAUCUCCGAGCGCGAGAAGAUCUGCGUAUCCCUCCAUCCCCACAACGACCGCGGCUGCGCAGUCGCCGCCGCGGAGCUCGCCCAGAUGGCCGGCGCCGAUCGCGUCGAAGGUACCCUCUUCGGCAACGGCGAGCGGACCGGAAACGUCGACCUCGUCACCCUAGCCCUAAACCUCUACACGCAAGGCAUCCACCCCGGGAUCGACUUCUCGGACAUAACCUCCGUGAUCGACGUCGUCGAGAAGAGCAACAACAUCCCCGUCCCCGAGCGCUGGCCCUAUGGCGGCCAGCUCGUCGUCUGCGCCUUCAGCGGCUCGCACCAAGACGCCAUCAAGAAGGGCUUCCAGGUCCGCAAAGCGCAGAACGCGACCUCGGAAAGCCCCUGGCAGAUUCCCUAUCUCCCGCUCGACCCGGAGGAUAUCGGCCGCACCUAUGAAGCCAUCAUCCGCGUGAACAGCCAAAGCGGCAAGGGCGGCGUCGCCUGGGUCAUCCAGCGUUCGUUGGAGCUCGACCUGCCGCGUGGUCUGCAAAUCGCAUUCUCCAAGAUCGUGCAGAAGGAGGCGGAUGCGUUAGGCCGCGAGCUGCGCCCGAGCGAAAUCGAGAAGCUGUUCGUGGACGCGUAUCACCUGAGACGGAACCCACGGUUCAACCUCGUGGACUACACCAUCACGCCCGACCGCACCGCCUCCCCUGUCGCCAGCAAGACGGUCGCGAAUACGGCGCGCAAUCGCUCUGUUGUCUUCAAUGGCGUUAUUGAGAUUGAUGGGCAUGAGCAUAGGAUUCGGGGACAUGGGAAUGGGCCUAUCUCCUCUCUCGCGGAUGCGCUCAGGUCUUUGGGCAUCGAUCUCGAUGUCGCGGACUACAAGGAACACGCCAUCGGCGGCGGGAAGGACGUCAAGGCCGCCACGUAUAUCGAGUGUACGGCUGCGGGCUCGAGCCAGAAGGUGUGGGGCGUGGGAAUUCACGAAGACUCGACGGAGAGUUUCUUGAUUGCUUUGUUGAGUGCUGCGAGUUCGUUCCUCUCAAGCCGCCCCAGCACCCCAAUACCGUUCCGACCCAAGCGAUCAGAUACGCAGUCCCUGCCGACUCCGCCCGAGCUAUCGCCAGCGAGGCCACGCAGCUCAGCUGGGAGUCAUCAUGGGAACGAAGUCCACAGCCAGCUAGUCGCGAAUCUGGAGAAGCAGGUCAACGGGAUGGGAAUGGGGACGGAUCAUGUUGGGUAG